AUGAGCCCAGCCCCGCGGUCAACACGGGAACUCACCCCAGGCAUGAAAAUGGAAGUCGUGUUUGCCCUCCAAGAUGCCAUACACAAUGGCAAGCUCGCACGCGCCGGUCGCGCCACCGUCCGCAAGAUAUGGCGCGACUUCAAGAGCGGGUCGAAGGCAUCCAAGAAGAAAGGGCGUGUCGGACCGAAACCUCGCCACAGCCCGGCUGAGGUCACCGAAAUCGUUCGUAGCGUGCCGGCCCGCGAUCGCAGCACCAUGCACGACAUGGCUUCCUCGACGGGGAUUUCCGUAAGCACACUUUGCCGCCAAUUGAAGUCUGGGACGAUCAACCGUCGAUCGUCCCGACUCAAACCGCUACUGACUGAUACCAACAAGAUCGAGCGACUGGCAUUCUGUAGAGACCACGUAAACAUUCAGUUGGAUGUCAUGAAUGAUUACCUCAGCAGUCGCGCCAGAGACGCUGCCGGCGCGGUCGAAUCCCGCGAACCUGCCGAAUCCCCUGGGACCGCCGAAUUCGACUUCUCCGACAUGUGGGACGUGGUGCAUCUCGACGAAAAAUGGUUUAAUGCUGACAAGGACUGCCGUAAAACGUACCUGACGAGAAGGGAAGUCCAUGAACGUCGUGCCUGCAAGUCAAAGCGCUUCAUACCAAAAGUGAAGUUCUUGGCGGCCGUGGCCCGUCCUCGCCUUGACGAAGGCUUUGACGGCAAGCUUGUUGAGAAAACGCCAGCCCGUCGAAACUCCCGCAAUCGUCCUGCUGGUACAUUGGUGACGGCGUUGGUCAACGUGGAUGGGAAGACGUACCGUGACUAUGUGAUCACCAAGCAUGACAAUGCCACUCCUCAUGGGUCCAUUGAUGUAGGCACCUUGGCUGCUGUGUCGACGGAUGGGUGGACAUUUGUGGUCCGUCGACAGCCGCCAAAUAGUCCGGACCUUAACGUCCUGGACCUCGGCUUCUUCACAUCGAUUCAAGCACUACAAUACAAGAUGGCGAGUCGGUCGAUGGACGAUGUGAUCGAAGCUACAUUGUCCGCCUUCGAGGCGGUGAUGCGCCUUGUAAUGGAACACCACGGCGACAACAACUUCAAGUUGCCCCACCUGAAGAAGGAUACAUUGAGACGUGCUGGAACCCUCAUGGCGAACGUCACAUAUCCUGCUUCGCUUCUCUUUCACGUGAACACAUUCCUCCAGCAGUCCAGUCCUUGA